GCAGGAGAAGGCGGAAGCGGAAGUUGGGGGGCGCGCCAGCUCAGAGCGAGGGAUCGCUCGUAGCGUCUGUCCGGUCCGGGGUCACCAUGGGGCGAGGCAGCGGCACCUUCGAGCGUCUCCUAGACAAAGCCACCAGCCAGCUGCUGCUGGAAACCGACUGGGAGUCCAUCCUGCAGAUCUGCGACCUGAUCCGCCAGGGGGACACGCAAGCAAAAUAUGCUGUAAAUUCCAUCAAGAAGAAAGUCAAUGACAAGAAUCCACAUGUGGCCUUGUAUGCCCUGGAGGUCAUGGAGUCUGUGGUGAAGAACUGUGGACAGACAGUCCACGAUGAGGUGGCCAACAAGCAAACCAUGGAGGAGCUGAAGGAGCUGCUGAAGAGGCAAGUGGAAGUCAACGUCCGAAACAAGAUCCUGUACCUGAUCCAGGCCUGGGCGCAUGCCUUCAGGAAUGAGCCCAAGUACAAGGUGGUCCAGGACACCUAUCAGAUCAUGAAGGUGGAGGGACACGUCUUCCCAGAAUUCAAGGAGAGUGAUGCCAUGUUUGCCGCAGAGAGAGCCCCCGACUGGGUGGAUGCUGAGGAGUGCCACCGGUGCCGAGUACAGUUCGGGGUGGUGACCCGCAAGCACCACUGCCGGGCUUGUGGGCAGAUCUUCUGUGGCAAGUGCUCCUCCAAGUACUCCACCAUCCCCAAGUUUGGCAUCGAGAAGGAGGUGCGCGUGUGCGAACCCUGCUAUGAGCAGCUGAACAAGAAAGCGGAAGGAAAGGCCACCGCCGCUACUGACCUGCCUCCGGAGUACCUGACGAGCCCCCUGUCACAGCAGUCCCAGCUGCCUCCCAAGAGGGAUGAGACGGCUCUGCAGGAGGAGGAAGAGUUGCAGCUGGCCCUGGCCCUGUCACAGUCCGAGGCCGAGGAGAAGGAGAGGCUGAGACAGAAGUCAACUUACACAGCGCAUCCCAAGGCAGAGCCCUCUCCCCUGGCGUCAUCGGCUCCCCCCGCCAGCAGCCUGUACUCCUCGCCUGUGAACUCAUCGGCACCUCUUGCUGAGGACAUUGACCCUGAGCUUGCGCGGUACCUCAACCGGAACUACUGGGAGAAGAAACAGGAGGAAGCCCGGAAGAGCCCCACGCCGUCUGCACCCGCGCCCCUGACUGAGGCAGCUGCACAGCCUGGGGAGGGGCACCCGGUGCCCGCCAGCGCAGUGGAGGCUCCCCUCCCAGAAAUGGAUACUCAGCCCAUAACCUCCUCCGGAACCCCCUUCAGUGAGCAGCAGUACCAGAACGGGGAGUCGGAGGAAAGCCACGAGCAGUUCCUGAAGGCCCUGCAGAAUGCCGUCACCACCUUUGUCAACCGCAUGAAGAGCAACCACAUGCGGGGCCGCAGCAUCACCAAUGACUCCGCCGUGCUCUCCCUCUUCCAGUCCAUCAACAGCAUGCACCCGCAGCUGCUUGAGCUGCUCAACCAGCUGGACGAGCGCAGGCUGUACUACGAGGGGCUGCAGGACAAGUUGGCACAGAUUCGGGAUGCCCGAGGGGCACUGAGCGCCCUUCGUGAGGAGCACCGGGAGAAGUUGCGCCGGGCAGCUGAGGAGGCUGAGCGCCAGCGCCAGAUCCAGCUGGCUCAGAAGCUGGAGAUCAUGCGGCAGAAGAAGCAGGAGUACCUGGAGGUGCAGAGACAGCUGGCCAUCCAGCGUCUGCAGGAGCAGGAGAAGGAGAGGCAGAUGCGCCUGGAGCAGCAGAAGCAGACUGUCCAGAUGCGUGCCCAGAUGCCUGCCUUUCCCCUGCCCUAUGCCCAGCUCCAGGCCAUGCCCGCAGCUGGGGGUGUGCUCUACCAGCCUUCAGGCCCGGCCAGCUUCCCCGCCACCUUCAGUCCAGCAGGCUCAGUGGAGGGCUCCCCUAUGCACAGCGUGUACAUGAGCCAGCCAGCCCCAGCCGCUGGCCCCUACCCCAGCAUGCCUGGCACCACAGCAGAUCCCAGCUUGGUGAGCGCCUACAUGUACCCAGCAGGCGCCCCGGGCACCCAGGCAACCCCCCAGGCCCCUGCCGGGCCCUCCCCCAGCUCUGCCUACUCAUCCUACCCCCCCACGCCGGCUCCAGGCUACCAGAAUGUGGCUUCCCAGGCCCCGCAGAGCCUCCCAGCCAUUUCCCAGCCCCCACAGUCCAGCAGCAUGGGCUACGUGGGCGGCCAGUCGGUGUCCCUGAGCUACCAGCCCUACAGCAUGCAGAAUCUCAUGACUACCCUCCCUGGCCAGGACGCAUCUCUGCCGGCCCAGCAGACCUACAUGACGGGGCAGCAGCCCGUGUACCCCCAGAUGGCGCCCUCUGGCGGCCCGCCCCAGCAGCAGCCCCCCGUGGUCCCGCAGCCGCCUGUGCAGGGGCCGCAGGCGCAGGCACAGGGCAGCGAGGCCCAGCUCAUCUCAUUCGACUGAGGCUGGACUGGGAACGCCUAUCCAGAGUAACACUACCCGUCUCCUGAGCCGUCUGUGUCUAACUAGCCUGCCCUCCCCGUUCCUUGUAGUGUCCCCUCUGAGCCAGGAGUGGGCCCUGGCCCCAGCUGUCCUCCUGUGUUCAGCCUGCUGGCUUCUGUCACCGGCUGGCCCCCUGCUUUGGUCCUGAUGUGGUCUGUGACUUGUCCCCAGGGCUGGACCUUGGAGAAGGAAGUUGGCAGGGGAGCCUCUUCUCCGGGAAUUCUCCAGCCCUCUGUGUUGGGCCUGAGAGGUGGGUCUGCUCUGUCCCCCUGGGAGCUGGCCGCAACCCCUCAGGAGGGACCUCCUGUUUGUCCCUCCACAGUGGGAUCUGUAGCUUCUCUGCUUCUCAGCUGGCAUCUCUCUGCAGAACAGCGAUAAUAAAAUGUAUGUUGAACUG